AUGCCUCACGCUGAACUUUCUGGAUCGUACCUGCUGGAUUACGCAGCAGCUUGCCGCUGUUCUGCCCGGUCUCCUCCAGACAGCAGACCGCAUCAUGGCGUAUUAACACUGAGAAAUUACUCUCUAGCUGAACCAGUUGUGAGGAAGGAACUUCAUAACAUGCCUGAUGAAUCAGUGUUCAUCUACUGUCUUGUUGGAGACAGAGCCUACUGGAAAGAUCCUAACAAUGAAUUCAGGAAGAAUCUGAAACUAACAGGAGUGCCUACGCUACUUAAAUACGGAACACCUCAGAAGUUGGUUGAAGAAGAAUGUUUUAAAGCAGAUCUUGUGCGUAUGUUGUUUACUGAAGAUUAAAUCCUCCAGCAGUCAAUCAUUUAUGAAGACGUUUAUCUUGUUAAUUGCAUUGCUCUUUCGUGGAAUCCUUACUUUUUUUUUUUCCCCCCGAAACUGUCAUGGUAAAUUACUUUUGACUAAUCAAUGAAUGUCUUUAAAUUCUAGCUUCAAACCUUCCACUAAAGUCUUGCAACAAAAAA